AUGGAAGCUGUAAUAAAGCAAGACUCUAAUUAGCAAUCAUCCUAGAAUGCAUAGCUAAACUAGAAUAAUCAAGGCAUUGGAAAUGCUGCGAUUAUUGAAAAACAAGCAGAAGAUGAUAGAUAAAAAGAAGAAGAGAGAUCAAAUGCAAAAGGAGACUUUGAUAAAGAGAUGCAGGAGUAAGAAGGUGAUUCUGAUAAGGAAAUGGAAGAUGAGGGAGACUCAUCGGCUGAUGAAGAUGAUGCUAAAAGUUAAAAUAAUGCUGGUCAGCAGAACUAAGCAUUCGGAACAACUACUAGAAGUGGUGGAGGAGGUAACAAUUAGACAAAGAAAGCCUUGCAAAAAAAUAGAAAGAAUCAAGGUGGGAACCGCAAGAAGGUGCUUGCCAAUGGUAAUAUCAUUCACACUAAUUUAUAUUUAGAUGAUUAUGGAAAUGAUAACACUAAUUAGUAAUUGAAUAUUAAUUAACCUCCUUAUAGUGGGUCAGAUAUUAUUUAUCAGCAAGUCUCAAAGAACUACGGGUUUGUAAAGUAAAGAUUCCUAUACAAGCCUUAUGUACCUCUCCCAGAUCUUAAAGAUUACAUUGGAGAGAUCAUCGAGUACAGAAUUUUCUCCUCUUUUUUGACUAAAUUCAACAAAGCCUAUAUCAAUAGACAUUUUUAUGGAACUGAGAUCUAUACUUCUGACUCGGAUCCAGUUUGCAUUCUAUAGCAUGUGAGCUUUUAUAAAGUAACUGAAGAUGUACCUCAAGAUUUUGAGGCAAUAUCUGUAUAUUUCAGAGUGGCUAAAGGUAGAAAUAACUACCCCGCUUAAUAAAGAAACGGAAUUAGAAGUAGAAAGAUGGGUUAAUUUGAUGGCCAUAGCAUUAAGUUUGAAAGUGCUGAAUACCUCCGAUAGAUUGGAACAUAUCAAGAUCUGAAGCAGAUGACCUAAGUGAUGCCGACUCAUUUAGAACCUAUAGUCUUGCAUAAUUAAAGAAAAAUUCAAGCUAAAAACAGAAUCAUUUGCUCAAGAAUACCAGACUCUGCUUAUAAAGCCAUUACUCCAGCUAUCAUUUUUAAUCUAAGUCUUGAACCUGCUUAUGAGUUCAUGCUUUCGACAUUCGCUGAUAAAGGAGAUGAUAUUUCAGGAAGAACUUGCUAGAAACUCCAAGAUAAUGUACUUUAUAUUGAGACUGAAUCCAUGAGAUUUGAGAUAUCGAAAAACCAAUAGAAUGGUUAGGAUGGUAAUUUGAAAUACAGAUUUGCUUAAGUUAACAAUCCCUUUAUGAAGGGGGACAAAUUCUUGCUUAAUGAAAGGAGACCCCUGGAUCCUUAAUAUCUGAAUAUCAUUGCCAAGGAAUUAGAUUGGUUUGACUUCAUUUGGGGAGAGAAAUCCCUCAUUGUCAAUAGUAAAAAGUAUGAGCAACUUAAGAAUUACAAGUACUAUCCAGUUAAUGAUAAAAAAAAUUGA